CUGAACGAUUUGGAGGGUGGAACUCCCUCUUAAACGUCACCGUCACCUGACUAAGCUCGCCCGAUUUUCAGGUCGAAUAUAAAAGUACGCCAAUUGUUCAUGUGUUUAUUACUAAAUGAAGUAGCAUCAUGACAUCUCGUAUCCUACCGUGUCUUGUCUCUCUAUCUGUACUGCUGUCUAUUGUGACAGCAAAACCACAGCAAACACCACCAAUACCAGACUUUGGCAAGCAGUAUGGUUUGAUGGGAACAUUGUCUUUACCCUAUGCUGAACUUAAUGAACCAGUUAUUGCAUAUGUUGAUUUAAUAAACAAUCGCAGCAGAAUAAACUAUUAUCAUGGGAUUGUGUCUAUGCUUAUGCUUGGAGGAAAAGGUGAUUAUGGAGAGGCAUACACUUUGGCAUAUGUGACCACUUACAAUGAUUUCAAUAAGAGAUCUUGUUUUAAAGUAGAUGGCACUAGUGAUGGAAAAAUUGUCCCACAAAUAGCCUUACCAGACCUCUCAGAUUACAAGUUCAUUGGUAGAAGCACUUACAUUGAUUUCCGGAUACAAAUAUUUGAAAAAGUUGAGAAAAUAGGUUCAAAAACAAACACGUACACUAUGUGGGUGACGGAUGAUUCACAGUAUCCACUUCGUUUUGAAAUGAUGGGUUAUGAUGCAAUGUUUGGUUCUCAUUAUGACAAAUACACCAUAAACUACAAAGUCUUCAAUAAAGGCCCACCAGAUGAGAGCCUCUUUGUUAUCCCAUCAACCAUGAAGUGUACUGGAUUCCCUGGACCUGGUGACAAACACUUAGCAUCCAUGAACCCCAUGUUGGAAUUGGUUAACAGAAAAACUUCCUAUGUUGAUGAUAUGUUUGAGGAAUUUAAGCAGAAACAUAGCAAAUCCUACAAUAAUGAAAAAGAGCACAGUAAGCGCAAACACCACUUUUUGCAAAAUCUUCGUUAUAUCGACUCCAAGAAUCGUGCUGGUCUCACUUAUACUCUGGCUGUGAAUCAUUUGGCUGAUUACAGUGAAGCUGAACUGAAAGUCUUGCGAGGCUACAAAAGCUCCGGUCAGAAGAACAAUGGCCUUCCAUUUGAUGAAAGUCUCAUUCACGAUUCUUCCAUUCCAGAAAGUAAAGACUGGAGGCUAGAGGGAGCUGUAACUCAAGUGAAAGACCAAGCUGUCUGUGGAUCUUGUUGGAGUUUUGGUACUACAGGAACAAUUGAAGGAGCAUAUUUCUUGAAGACUGGUAAUUUGGUUCGCUUGUCACAACAAGAAUUAAUGGAUUGUUCAUGGGGUGAGGGCAACAAUGGCUGUGAUGGAGGCGAAGAUUUCCGGGCUUAUGAUUGGAUUAUGAAGACAGGUGGCCUGACAAGUGAAGAUUCUUAUGGAGCUUAUCUUGCUAUUGAUGGCAAAUGUCAUUACAAUUCAACGAAACCUGUUCUCAAUUUGAAAGGAUAUGUAAAUGUCACUUCAGGAAGUGAAGAUGCACUGAAAGCUGCUAUUUUCAAAUUUGGUCCAGUAUCUGUUGCUAUUGAUGCAGCACACAAGUCCCUCUCUUUUUAUGCUAAUGGUGUAUACUACGAGGAGAAAUGUGGAAGUGGACCAGAUUCACUCGACCAUGCUGUUCUUGCUGUAGGAUAUGGUGAAUUAAAUGGAGAACCUUACUGGCUUGUAAAGAACUCAUGGUCAACUUAUUGGGGCAACAAUGGUUAUGUUUUGAUGUCACGUAAAAAUAACAACUGUGGUGUCACAACCUCGCCAACAUAUGUUAUAAUUGAGUGAUCUAAGCAAUAAUUCUUAAAAUUCCAAUAAAAUAUUUGUAAAUAUAUUUUUUUAGAUGACAUUUCUAAUAAACUAUAAACAUUGAUUUUGUUAA